UUGGCUGAAAAGUUGCUGUGUAAUAUUCAGUCUAACCGCGUGGGAAUCUGAGUUCUGCUUUGUGCUAGGAAUAGCUGAAGUGGUAAUACACAUCCGACACGAGGAGGUAGAAAAUGCCACCAAAAGGAAAGGGUGGCAAAGGUGCCAAAGGGGCAUCUGCUUCAGGCAGUGGGGACGGGGAUAAGAAGGAGAAGGCUCAGAAAGGAGGUACAGCUGUAAAGGUUCGGCAUAUUCUGUGUGAGAAGCAUGGUAAGUGCAUGGAAGCAAUGGAGAAGCUGAAGUCUGGCGUGCGCUUCAGCGAGGUGGCAGCGCAAUACAGUGAGGACAAAGCCAGACAAGGAGGUGACCUUGGCUGGAUGACAAGAGGAUCAAUGGUGGGAGCGUUUCAGGAUGCAGCGUUUGCACUACCCAUCAGCGCUAUGGACAAACCUGUAUACACUGACCCUCCUGUGAAAACAAAGUUUGGGUAUCACAUCAUCAUGGUGGAAGGCAAAAAAUAAAUGGACUUUACUGCUUGAUUUUGUGGUAAAAUUGCCUUUGGGUGAACUACAACACAGCAUUUACAACAUACCAACAUUUUUCAGUCAUUAAAGAUUGUUUUUUAUAUCAAUCAAUAAAUCAAUCAUUUUUAUUUAUAUAGCGCUUUUAACAAAACAGGUUGAAUCAAAGCACUAUAUAUAUAUAUAUAUAUAUAUAUGUCACCAUGUAAAUAGCCGCCAAUAAAAACUUGAUCUUAAUGAGCAAA